AUUACAGUAGAUGUCUGCAAAUUCACGUACUGGAGAUUUAAUUUAAAAAAGCGCUGUAAAUUGGCGAGUAGAAAAUUAAGAACAGACUAGUUUUGUGUAUAUAUUCCAGGUUCAGUAUAUAAUUAAUAUUUUUUAAUAAUUUACUCCUGUGAGAAUUUACAGCUCAGAAGAGAUUUUGUUUUAACAUAAAGACAAGGGAAAAAGUACAUGUGAAGUUCAAAGCUGUGCGCUCCGCCCAACGCGCUUCAGGAGCGCGUGAAUAACGCUGAAGCUCCAUCGCGCGCCAAACAAAGCGUGCGCACAAACUGCGCAUUUCAAAUUUUCUGCUUUGACACUUUCGUAAGACUAAAGGAAUAGCCUACUUCACCUAUGUAUAUGUCGUAAAUACUUAAUCAUGAGCCUACCAAAGUCCAAAUUUAAGAAACUGUUUGGGAAGUCAAAGAGUUUCGAGAAGCAAAGCAGGGAUGCUGACAGGUCUGAGGGUCAGUGGGUCACUUCACCAGAAGACGACCGAGAGAGUCGCAGAGGUUCGGUCAUGACUUUACCGUCGAGCCCUACAGAUUUCACUUCGCACCCGGACUCGCUGCCCACCAGCCCCGGCGAGAAGAAAAAGAAACGUUUCCUGAGCUGGAGGUCCAAAAAAAGGAAUAAAGAGUUUAUUAGUAACAGAGAACUGUUCGACCACAGGAGUUUUGAUCAGAUGAGCAUCCAAACAGCAGAUUAUGUGAUGACCGACACCUGUCCUACCCCUGUCCGCUCUCUGUCUAGUUCCACCCUAAGCCUGGAUCUCACAUCACUUCAAGAUCCAUCUUCUCCAAAACGCAAACACAGGAAGAGUUCUGAGGAGAAGAGUGGGGUUCUCAAUCGUAUUGGAAGCUUUUUUAGUCGGAAGAAAAAAAACAGAACCGCAUCAGAUGACAAUGAUGAAAAUUUGUCAUCGGAGGCAAACAGCUCAACCAAGUAUUCAAGAUCAGAACACAAAGAGAUCGAAGAUUCAGUGUUUGGGCCGGGGAAUAGAAGUCCCAGUGUGUGUAGUGUAGCCUCUAUUGUUGCAGAUGGAGGAGACUUGCCUUUUGCUGACAGUGACAGUAGUGGACGAGCGAGUGUAAAAGAGGUGGAAGUGAUCAAGGUGAGCAGGGUUGCUACUUCCAGCGACAAGAGGACUGAGAAUCUGGUGAAGGAGGUGAACAAGAAGCUCAAGGUGUACCUGGAAGAAACAACAGAUUCAACAAUAAAGAAAAGUGCAGACGUACCUAUACACACCCCUGACACGCCAAAGUCCACCCCGGUCUCAGGCAGAACGGAGACUAAAAAGACAGUUUUGAAAACCACCGUCACAGGUGGUGGGAAUUACACCGCAUUGGUUGGGGUGACUCUGGGAUCACAGUCCAGAAAUUCAUCGUCCUCUGAUAUUCAGCCUGGAGAACCAGGAGAAACAGACAUAGAGAAAAAAAACAGCGCCAAACGAAGCAAUCAAGAAAGCAAUAAUAAGCUUCUCGCCCCAAUGAACACCACUUCACCUGAGGCAGAGGAGAGGUCAGUGCAAGCAUCUCCCUCACCUGGUCAAGUACACAAAGCCCUGUGGGUGGAAACUCACGUGACAGAGCAGGAGAGUGAGAGCUCCAUCACUGACUCACUUUCUAAUACAGAACCUGCUCUGGCCAGCCCAGCCGAGAGUUAUUCUGCCCCCAGUGCAGCUACUAGCAAAACUUCUGCUCCUUCUCAAGCUGCAGAGCCAUCCAUCUUCACCUUUAAUGCUGCAAAAGACAGCAUUGAACCACCAGAGGAGGAAACUCAAGACAGCCUCAUUCCUAAACACCUGCAUGCUGAGAGCAAUGAAGAGAAGCGCAGAAGCUUGAAACGGUCAAACAGUGAGAAAGCUUUUGCUGAAAGAGUGCUUGUUGGUUCUCAGUCAAGCCUAGAGGGGGAAGAACAAGCUGAAACAGAGGCACAAAAUGAGACUAACUUGGAUAUAACGCAGAAUGUACAGCAGGUUAAGGUGAAAAUAUUACCAAACCCCAAAAGUGUGAAUGUCAAGCAGUCUAAACGACAGACGAAUGAGUCAGUAGAAGAUAAUGCUGUUUUUGUCCAAGAGCAGCCUCUUGAUGAGGAUGUAGACUGCUCCUUUGAACCUUCAACGGAAAACAGAGAUGCUACAGACCUUGGGAAGGAAUUUUAUUUACCAGAAAUGCCUAUUAAUAAAGUACCAUUGAAUACUAAGAUGACCAGUGAUCAAAACUCAUCUGUGCCAUCCAAACGUAUGGACAGAGCCACCAGUGGACCAAAUGUGGCAAUUAAAGAAAAGACCCCUUCACCACAACUUGCCCCUAAAACAAAAGCUGUAAUGUCUCGCGUUAAAAGUCUAGAUGAGGAAUCAAAGGUGGAUGUGCCUCCAGUACGGAGGAUUUCACAGAAGCAGACAGAUCAAAAAGAGAUUAAAUCUCAGACAGAAAAGGACAAAUCCAUUACACUUAACAAACCAAAUGACAUCAAGACUGCAAUUCCCAAGAAAAAGGUACCAGAGAUUCAAACAAAACCAAAGAAAGUACUGGAGGUUGUUACAGUGUAUAGUGUUUCUUCAGAAGCUGAAAGACAGAUGUCCACCAAACGUCAGAAUGAGGCAGCAUCAAUAAGCCCAGAGCGGAAAAUGUCACCGACUUAUGAUGCCUCCCAAAUGACAAAAACUUCUCAGCCCAAUAAAGAACAGGUCGAUCUUUCAAAGCCUAAAAGAGAAAGAAGUCUAAAACAUUCCCUUUCUGCUGAUAAAUCCCCAUCUUCCCCAACUUCAGUGGAGAACUCUAGUUCAACAAAACAUAACACUGAAUUCAAAGCAAUUCAAGAUAUCCAAAAGUCAAAAACACAACCGAAAGUUGCAACUGAGAGAAGUCCAACAUCAAAGAGUAGUUUUUCUUAUACAAAAAGUAAAGUCAAAUCAGGUGACAUUGGCAACAAAACCGAGGAAAAACCUUCUUCCUCAGCACUUGGCACGGACCGAAAAGAGCAGAACAUUGAAAAGGAGAAGCCAGCGAAUGAAACCCAGCCGAGUGGGCCAAAGAGUCCAAAAAAAUUCAUGACUGAUGUGUCACCAACAGGAAGGAAGCUGCCUCAAAUGACACCACUGAGCCCUCAAAAACAGUCCUCAGAUGGAGAAGUUGCCCACGGAGAGAGUGAGUCACAUGAACCAGCCUCACUGCCACUUACCAAGCCAGAGAGAAAUGAGUCAUCACUGGUUAACGGUCCUGCUACUGAUGGCAAAUCUUCCAAAUGUGAUCAAGCCACUGGGAAUGCUGUGGCCAGGGUUUCACCAGAGCUCAAAUUGGAAAGCCAUAUUAAGGAGGUGCAUGAUGAUUUACAGUCAGCAAAUCCAUGUCUCAAAAGUCCCAAAAAACUCAAACCCAAGAAAGAUUUUAGGAAGGCGGACCUAACAGCAGCUUCAGAUUCAAAAAUGGACAAAGGCAAGAAAAUGACAAAUUUGUCUGUCACAACCACAGCUGCUUUGAAAUCUGACAAAGUAGAACAUAUUUUUACACAAUCAGAAGCCAUUUCUGAAAGUGAAAACUGUGAUGUUGCUGAGACCAAAGUCACACCAGUUGUGUCACUUUCAGAAGACAAUGAUUUACAAACCAAUCGAAAGACAGAAUCAAAUCUAUCAAUUUCUAAAGACCCAAAUGUGCAAGUUGCGUCAGGUAAACUGCCAGAUAUUUCUAAGACAGAUGAAAUUUCCACAAAAUCUAAGACGGCUAAACAAUCAAAUGCCUUUUCUGAAACAAAUGGUGAGAAAUCUGUAUCUUCUAAAACCAAAGUCACACUGGAUUUGUCUUCAGAGAAGACCGAUUCACACUCAGAAAAGCAGACAGAGUCAGAUCUUCCAGAUUCAUCAAACCUAAAUGUCCAGGAUAUACCAAAUAAGCAAUCAGUCACAGAAAAGCCACUUACUGAGUUCAAGAAAGAGAAAUGUGACCUUUCCAAGGAAAAUGAAAUUUCCUCAAUACAUGUGACAGACCAUAACACAACCAGUGAUCUUAGCACUCAAGGUAUUGGCAAACAACUAAAAGCCACUUCUGAAACAAAGGGUGAAAAAUCUGGUGCUGUUGAAAACACAGUCAAACUGGAUGUGUCGCUUUCAGAAAACAAAAAUUUGCAGUCCACAAUACCACCGACUGAAUCAAAUAUACCAGAUUCAUCAGAGUCACAUGUCCAGAUUAUGCCAGAUAAGCAGUCAGAUGAUCACCCAGAUAAGGAUCUUGAAUUCGAGAAAGAGACAUGUGCCCUUUCUAAGUUAGAUGACAUUUCCAAAAUAGCCAAUAAAUCCAAACCAUCAAAAGCCACUUUUGAAAUAAAGAGUGAAAAAUCUGGGGCUUCUGAAACCAAAGGAAAACUGUUGCUUUCACAAAAGAAUGAUUCACACUCAGAAAAACAACAACUAGAGUCUGAUAUACCAGUUUCAACAGAGUCACACGUGCAGCUGGCAUCUAAUGAGCAGCCAGAUGUUGUCAAACCGAAGUCCAGUGCUGGAUUUGAGAAGAAAGCUGAUCUGAGCUUUAAAGGUACAGAGAAGUCUUAUAGGGAACAAAUUAUUCAGGUCAUUUCAGAGAACUCGUCUAAGACAACCCAAAAGACUGAGACUAAAGAGCAAAGUGUGGAAAAUAUUGUUCAUUCAGAUUUAAAACAACCAAAUACUAUUCCACAACUAGAUGAAAAGGUUACAAGUGAAGAAGGAAGUGGGAAAUGCAAAGUAUUAGAGAAGCAACCGGUUGAGUCUGGAGACUUGUGUAAAACAAUCCCAGAGUGUGUCAAACAGAAUGAAUUAAAUAAAUUAAAGCAAGUUGAUGAGACACCAUUAGCAGUGAUCACGGCUCCAGAGGCUGCUUUUAAACCCAUUCGAAAAGAUGAUCAGACUUCAGAUCAGCAACUAACCUCAGUUAAAAUAACAGAUAAACUGACUUCCAAAGUGGACAGAAAGAGUGAAAUCCAAGUUAAAAAUACAGAGUCCAAACUGAAAGUCAAGAAUCUUAUGAAGCCUAACGAUAAAAUACCAGCUAAUAACUUACAAAAGCUGAAACCACCAACUGACCAAAAUAUUCACCAGUUUACUUCUCAGAAUCUUCCUUUGGAGCCCAAAGGCUUCUCACAAAAUAGCAAGGCACCAUCUAGUUGGUUAGACGUGGACCAAAGUUUUGAGAAGAAGAAAACAGAGAGACGUUUGGAUUGUUCUGCAAGUGAUGACAAACAGCAUGACACUUCUAGUGACUUUGAUGAUUUCAUACGUAACAUCAAGGAGAACUGUUCCCCUUUCUCUUUACCACCAAGAAAACAUGGGCAGAACAAGAUGCCAUCACCUCCUUUUGCCAUGCCUGCCAUUAAAGAAGAUCACCUUGAGAAGAUAUUUGACCCAGAACAGUUCCAGUUUGGGACAAAAAAAACUGCAGGACCUAAAGAUCCCUCUCCAGCCAUGAUGAUCAAGAAGAAAAAUGAAAAGGCAAAAACCAACCCACAGUCCAAACAUUGUGAGGAAAGCCUUCUUUAUAAAGGUCUCUCGUCUAGACGGGAACAAGACAAAGCCAAAAAGGUCACAGUCACUGAGGAGAAAAAUGAUGGAGAAAAUCAGAACACUGAAGGCUCAGGAAAAAUGCCCUCAAGGUUGGAAAAAAUGUCAAUAAUCUCAAACCUUGUGAACUCCGCAAACAGAGCCAGAACUGAGCCAACAGGGGUGGUGCCAACCUUAGGAGAUCGGAGAGACAUAUCGCUGUCCCAUGCUAUCACCACUGCAAAAGAGGGGCUUGCUGAUUUGCCAGAUUGUGGCAAUGUAAAGGCAGGACCUGUUGAUUCAGUUAAGAGCCCAAACACACCUCCACCUCUUCCAACUUUCUCAGAAGUCAAGCUGCCUGACUUUUUGGAAAAAAUAAUGAAUAAAGGCAAAGAAGCUAACACCAUGAGCCAGCAAAGGGCUGACACUGGCUCUGUCCCUUCAUUGGAUUUGAAUCUCACUUCCAACCAAUUUAAUUCAAGCAUGGGACUGCAAGGCAUAUCGGUAGUAACAUCCCCAUCCAACAGCACUCAGCAGAUUCCACUGCCCACACCCAGCACUCUCUCACCAACAUACACAGAGACAUCUGGUGUACGAGGCUUCCAUAGACGCCCUGGAAAGAUUGUGAUAUACCAACAACCUAAUUUUGAAGGAGAGACAUAUGAGGUGUUCAGAGACAUAGAAGAUGCCACCUCCCUAAACCUCUGUCCACUCAUCUCCAUAAGGGUCAUUAGAGGAUGCUGGCUGCUGUAUGAAAAGCCAGGCUUCCAGGGCCGGUCCAUUGCACUGGAGGAGGGGCCAUCAGAGAUAGCAAAUGAGUGGGCGGAGACAGAGCCCAGUGGGGAAAUACAGCCAAACGACCAGCUGCUCCCAGCCACACCCAUGGUUAUUGGCUCUAUUAGGCUUGCAGUAAGGGACUACACCACACCAAAAAUUGACCUGUUCACAGAGCUGAAUGGGAGGGGUCGAAUGUCUUCAUUCUGCGAUGACACCAUAGAUACCUGUUCAUUUGGUAUUCCUCAGAAUACUGGGUCCAUUAAGGUUGACAGUGGAGUAUGGCUGGUCUAUAGUGACCCAGGUUUCCAGGGUCUUUUAGCUGUUUUGGAGGAAGGAGUAUAUACCUGCCCUCAGGACUGGGGCUUUCCCAUGCCCUUUGUAGGAUCACUGCGGCCCUUGAAAAUGGGUGCAAUAAAAGUGGAAAAUCCCAAUGAAAUUAAGGCGGUACUCUUUGAAAAACCAAUGUUCGAAGGGGAGUGCUUAGAGAUCGAACGGGAUAUUUACAAAUUUGAUGAAGGAGAGGAAGAGAAGAAGGAUGAAGAAGAUGAAACUGAGAGUCCUGACAGCAUCAGGAGAAAGAGGCUGAGUUCUGUCGGCUCACUGAAGAUCCUGAGCGGCCUCUGGGUAGGAUAUUCUGCACCAGACUUCGAGGGUCGCCAGUAUCUUCUGGAGGAAGGAGAGUAUGCAGACUUCACUGACUGGGGUGGACUAGAAGACAGACUCCUGUCUAUACGUCCUAUAUUAGCAGAAUUCAUGACUCCUCAUGUGAGAAUGUUCAGUGAGCGGGAUUUCAGCGAGAGAGGGAUGAAUGUGGACCUGCUGGAACCUGUUAUUAGCAUGGAAGCCACUGGCUUUGGCAUAAAGACACAGUCGGUGGAAGUCCUCUCUGGCGUGUGGAUAGCGUUUGAAAAGGCACACUUUUUGGGUGAGCUGUACAUUUUAGAGAAGGGUCUCUACGGGAGUCCAGAGGACUGGGGAGCACACAACUGCAAGAUCUUGUCAAUUCAGCCUGUGGUUCUGGAACAGGCUGAAGGACUGUCCAGAUAUAAGGUGCAGUUGUUUGCUGAACCAGGGUUCAAGGGAGCAAUGCAUGCUUUAGAUGAAAACAUGGCGUUCCUGCCGGAGGGCUUCUACCCCAUGUCCUGCAAGGUUUUGGCUGGGAGCUGGGUGGUGUUCGAUGGCCCACAGUUCACUGACAACAUGUAUGUACUGGAAGAAGGAGAAUACCCCAAUCCCGAGUCUCUGGGCCUACUCAACUCCGACUGCAAAAUCAGCUCUGUCCACACUGUAGGACAUGAGUUCUCUAUGCCCUCCAUCACACUCUUCUGUAAAUCUGGCUUCAGAGGACGUAAAGUGGUUCUGACCGAUGGCGUUUUGAAUCUGUCUCUGGCUGGCAUUGAUGGGCGGGUCAACUCUCUGUUGGUCAAUGGAGGAAUCUGGGUGUUGUAUGAAUACAGCAACUUCCAUGGUCGUCAGGUCCUGCUCCAUCCCAGCGAGAUCGGUGAUUGGCAGAAGUUCCAAGGCUGGGAGCAGAUUGGCUCUCUGCGUCCGUUAUUACAGAAACGUGCUUAUUUCCGGCUGCGUUGUGCUGAAACGGGCUACUUGAUGUCUCUGACUGGACCACUGGAUGAUUUAAAGCUGCUCCGGGUGCAAGUGCUGGAGGAAACUGGUGGUCCAGACCAGAUAUGGGUGUAUGAGAAUGGACUACUACACUGCAAGAUGGUCGAGGACUGUUGCGUGGAGACGUCUGGAGGUGUGGUGAUGGCAGGUGGCAGGUUGAAUAUCUCACCUGAACUAGGCAAAGACAAUCAGUUCUGGAGCAUCACAGGAGACGGAAUCAUACGCAACAAUCUCAAGCCCGACCUUGUGCUGGAGGUCAAAGGUGGCCAACAGUAUGAUAAAACCCAGGUGAUUCUCAACACCUUCGAUGAGCAGAAACCCAGUCAGAGAUGGACUGUGGAAAUCCUUUAGUGCUGGAGUCAGAACAGAACUCCUGCUAUCCAGCAGAAACCCUAAAAUGUCUGAAGAUGUUGUGCACUAAGAAGAUUAUCUAAAUCAAAAAACUCAUAAUGGCUCAGAUGAGUCUCUGUCACUGAUGGGAUUCUUAUCUUGAGAUGAGAAUGCGUGGGAGACCAAACCUUUUUAAAUCAUCAAUCUAGAUAACAGUUGUCUUCAGACGUUCAACUGAAGUUCAUCGACUCCAUCAAGGACCCUAAUGAUACCUGCCAGUUUCAUCAUCUUGUGUGUUAGUUCUCGUUUUGUCAUUGCUCUACAUUGACCUACAAACACAAAGUACUGUCCUGCUUGCAAUGCAUUGGUAUUACCAAAGAGUGCGCAGUAGCAUAACGAUUUGUAUGGAGCUGCACUUUAGGUGAACUUUUGUCUCAGUAAAGCGUCAAGGUUAAUUCCGUAUGUCCCAGUUUACCCCUUGCCUGUCCUAAUUACACUUUAUAGGGGCAAAAAGCACCUUCUUCGUUUUAUAAGUAGCUGUGUAUUUUGACUAAAUUAUUUUUUGCAAGAAAUAUAUAAGUUGUAGAUACUUCAGUCAUAUACCGUACUACUUGUACUAUUGCCUUAAUAGUUUAAGGGCUCCUAAAGGUUUUCUUUUCUGCAGCCUUUCAUGUCAAAUCUCCGGAUGGUCACUAGUAAAGGGCUUGUGGAUCUUAUUGUGCCAUCAGCCAAUCAGCAGUCAUGACAUUAAUUUCUUGUGGCUCUAGAGUAGUUAAUCACAUUAAUGGCUCAAAACAACCUCGCCACAGAACUAAGCGCCCAUGAGCAAAAACUGUACAUUUUAAAUGACAUACUUCCAAGGGCUCCUGCACCAAAUGAGCAGCUGUUCAGAUGAAUGAGAAUACAAACACAUAUUAUAGACCUCACUGAAUGUCAGGCAGCAUUUAUUGCCUUUCAAACUCAACUGAAGGCAAAAUAUGGGAACUCAUUGACUCGUACAAUUUUACAGUCGCUGUACAAAGGUUUUUUUUUUUUUUAGUAUGUCAGAUUAUUCUGCAAAAUAAGUAUAAAAAGCACUAUUGCACAUAUUAUAAUUUUUUAUAAACAUUUCCUCCUAGCUGUGCAGUUCUGGCAUCAGUUCACUCCUGCUCACAAACUCACAUACAUUUGAAAGAUCUGUUGUUCUGCUCUUAGCUUUUUCUGUCUCUCCGUUUUCUUUUAUACUGAUAUUUUGGUUGUUGUGUGUAUGUUUGUGUACAUUUUCUGACCUGUUUAGUAAUCUGUUUUAGCGUUUUUGUAUGUUCAUGCCCAUAUUUCCAAAAUAUACUGUUACAUUUAGAUUUUUUUUUCUUUUCUUUCCAAGUUGUUUACGAAUAUGAAUCAUAUGUAAAAUAGUAAUAUGUUUUAAAUA